GCGCUUGUAUAGGAGCAGCAGCGACAGUGGAAAAGGUUUUGGUUUCCCGUUCCCGAUCUGCAGCAAUUUUGUUCGCGUAUCGCGAGGGUGUUCGUUUUUAACUGUUCUAUUUUCUAGACAACUCGGUAAUAGUAGCCGAGGCCACGAUCUACAAAUUGACUAACCACAGCACGGCCAAUAUUCUGAAAUAUUGGUGAUUUACAGACCCUCGUCGGUAGGACGACGGUUGACUCCCUUUGGUGAAUCUACGCAUUACUUUAGCAAAAUAAUAAGAACCACCGACACAGCCCAGAAGAUAUGGCGUUACUGCAGAAAGAUAUUCAACGAAAGGAUGAUAAAGAGGUCGGACUGAAGGAUAGUAAACAUGACAAAUCCUGGUACGAUAUCACGAUGGAGGAGGAAGAGCAAAUGAGUAAAGCUGCUGAACGGGAGUCGCGCACGAAAUUCGGAUCACAAAAGAGCAGAAAAGUUACCGCUACAACAGCAAGCAGCAGCGAUUCCGACGAAUCAUCGACCGGUAUGUCGAAUCGACAAAUCGAGAUCGACUUUUUGGAUUCGGCAAACGUGAAAAAGUACAAAAAACUGGUAGAAAGUGAGCAAAUUAAGUCACCGUUCAAGCGGCGCCAUUCGGGAGAAGCAAGCAGCGAUGGCACGGAUGAGGAUAAUGUGGAGAUAGCGACAAACAAAGAUGGCUUUGGAGCCGAUUAUCCUCCCAACCAUCGUGGUUCCCGUUAUUUCGAUCGGCAUACCAUGUACUCGAAGAAGAGUAAAAAACACAAAGACGAUCGCGGUAACGGUGGUUUCCGUUGGCGGACGGAAAGCUCAAGCUCUUCCGGUGCGUCGAGCCAGAACAGUGGCCGCCGGCAGAUUCAAGAAUAUGAAACGGAUGAGGCAGUUCUGGUCCGCCGCCAGAAACAGAUCGAUUAUGGCAAGAAUACGCUCGGUUACACCAACUAUAUCGAGCAAGUACCACGCGAUGAACGUACCAAAGAUCACCCAAGAACGCCGCCGAAGCAUGUGAAGUACAGCCGACGAGGUUGGGAUGCCUUGGUCAAGACUUGGCGUAAAAAGUUGCACUGCUUCGAUCCAAACAGCGCGUCGGAAAACUACAACGAAUGAGCACGCCAAAAGUGUAGCGUUCAAUUGAAUAUGCGUACGCACGACUGGUGGAUAGCCUGGAAUUUGUGAGAUCGUUUUUUUUUUUCUCUUCUGUUUAUUAUUCGUAUUUAUUAUAUCAUACUUCUUCGUGGCGUUUUCGCUCGUUCUGCAACGACGACUGGCAGCUGGCUCGAACUGCGUUUGUGUGUGCAAUUUGUCCAGUUCAACAUCCUAAAGCUACCUUGCAACCCCACCCAAACCCACUCUCAUAAUCUCUACAUUGUUUCGGGCAAUACUGUGUUUUGCCUUUAUUGGAUACGAGCGAGAGCGCUAAUAAGAAGAGGGGGUCAGUGUUAUUUACAACUAUCUGAUUUAAUACGAAUAAAAUCGAUGCGCACAAACAGAACAGGCGCUAAAACGA